CGUAAACAUGGCCGCAUGGGAAGAGUAUGAGGACGGUCCGUCUGCAGAAUUUGUCAGUUUAACCGAAUUUCCCGAGCUCUCUGACCAAGAUGUAUCAGAUAGUUUCAUCGAUUGCGGGGAUGCAAAGCUCACCAAGGCCAUGACAGAAGCCUCCAUGAGGACUUUUGCGGACUACUGUGCCUUGUGCGAAGGUACGACUCUGGCCGACGUUGAGCGCAUGCCGUUGGGGGAGCUGUGCCGUUUCCUCGGGGCUUUCUAUGCCGAAGCACGCCAGCCCGACGGAAGUCCGUACACGAAGCGUUCACUGCUUGCGCUGAGGAAAGCCCUCCAAAAUCACUUCCAAAAAGUUCUUCUCGUUGACAUUAUCAAUGAUGCAGCCUUCAGGCAAGCCAAUGAAGUCCUUGACGCCAUUCCUGUCGACAAUGACGUGCCCAUCUUCCCGUGGAAAAAGCAAAAAAAGGAGAGAAAUGUUCAUUUCAUCUCCAAGGAGGACAUGGAUAAGAUUCGUUCCUCCUACCUGACAGAUUGUUCGACUCCCAAAGGCCUCCAGAACACGGUCUUCCUCAAUCUGAUGCUCCACUUCUGUUGCACUGCUUACGGGCGUCGUGGCAACCUUCGUGAAAUGAAGAAGUCCGAUUUUGUCAUCUUGACUGAUGACACCUUGAACCGAAGAUUUGUCUGCUUUGCCUGUAGGGACAAAAUAGGCAACAUUGGGGAAGGUCAUCUCAGUUUGAACAAGGAUAGGGAAGGUGACGACGGACAUGACGGAGACAACAGUGAUGAGGAGUGCAGCAAUGAGAACGCCCGCAUGUACGAGGCCCUAGAAAAUCCCGCACACUGUCCCGUGAUGACUUUCGAGAAGUACAUGGCCAAGCUGGACCCCAGCUGUGACGCCUUCUGGCAACGGCCUCGAAAGUACAAGCGGAACGAUAAUUACUGGUAUGACGGUGUGGCCGUCGGGGUGAACAGUCUCGGCUAUAGGAUGAGAGACAUCUCUAGUCUGGCUGGCUGCUCAAUGAUCUACUCCAAUAUGUGUUUGAACGUAACGAGUAGAGCAUGUACAUUAAGAAUGACAACAUCAGGUUGUUCUUGCAUCUGCUCGGCGCAGCAUUUCCUUCCCCCGAGAGAAGUCAUCAGUGCUGGUCUCCAAGGCAGAACAACGCCCUCUGGUGCUGGAUUGAAGAAAGACGAAAUUCAAGAGAAGUUGAAAUUCCUGAAAGAUGAACCAGUUGCUGUCGAGGAGGAGAUGGACAGGCACGAGAUUGCGCACAGAGAUGCUUCUCCUGGAUCAGAGAGGAAUGAUCUAUCACCCGGCAACACCCAUUGUAUGUCAUCUGAUCAUAUUGGGCACAGUGUGGAAAGUGGAGUCUUGUACGCUUCACCGCCAGUGUGUAGUGUCACCUACCCUGUUCAGAGGCAGAGUUCAGUGCAGCCGGACCAUGCCGUCACCGUGCACGUGGAUAGCAUCCCGCAAGGUCAUCUCGGCCUGGGGCAGCCCAGGAGGAGCCAGGGAGACGGCGAAGAUCUUGGUGCCUGGAGGGUCGAGAGGACUUGGCGAGAUGAACACUGUGGGAGGAGAUGGGUACUGACUCGAGAGUUUGAGAACAAGCAGGAGAGGUGGCUGUUGAGAGAAGGCAGUGCAAGCCCCGGGGAGCCGAGUAUGUUGCGGGGUAGCACUGGUGAGCACAUCCGAGGGAACUUAAAUCCGACGGAGGGCUUCCUGAUUCAGACCACCCAGAGCACACAGCAGCCAAACUUGUCCAUGCAAUUUGCAGGGGAUCGCAUCCAGAGGGCCGGCCAUCACAUGCCGAGACCCGCCGCUAAAGAAGUCAUUCCUGGCCAGUGCACAGUUGGACGUGGAAGGUGUGCACCAGCAGCAUGGGCUGCAAACGAUGCCCAGCCGGUUCUGACUGGUGGCAGCGGUGGGAUAGCGGCAUCGGCGGCGACAGCCGAUGGCGAAGUCCUCCAUCUGCAGAAGGAGGUGCUGAGAAUGCAGCGGGCCAACCUGGCUCUGGAGAGACGGAAAAUGGAACUAGAGAUUGCCAAGUUGGAGGCGGAGACGCUGAGAAUGAGAGGAGGGAGUUAGCCCCUAAGCUUCUCUAGACUCACCGACGUCAGGAUGAACAACUCAAGCGCCUCAAUACAAUGACAAGAGUGAGUAAUCUGGGAACAAAAUAACUUAAUUACACCAAUGAGUUUAAAAGCUCUGGCAAAUGGCAAAAGGGUUGUUCAUGACUAUUCAAGUAUUUAAAUAUUGUGCCACAAUCUGCCAACAUGUUUGCCUCUAAUCAUGCAAUUCAAGUACAACAUGUGUAAAUAUACGUGUGUGUCCUCAUAAAUAUUUUAUACUCAGAAGUUUUUAUAAUCUUUAUAAGAUUUUUAGAACUCCUUUGUAGUUUUUGCCAUCUACAUGUAUGCGAUAUCGUACAUAUAUAGGUGGGUCAACAGGGGCAUAAUUUCGGGUUUGUGUCCCCCCAGAUCCCACUUUGAAAUUUGGAGGUGUGCAUGGCCUGUUUAGAAGCCACAGCUCAUUCGUUUUCAGGGACCCCUGGAAAAAAAACUGUGUGUACCCCCCCCUGAUGUCCUCUCAGAAUAUCACCCUAAAAUGCUGCACACGCUAUGCAGAUUGAACCCGUUUCCUUCCAUGUGCAACCGUGGACAUACAUGUACAUUAUGUACCAUGCAAGUCACACCGUAACGAGAGAGAUAACAUGGGGUAGCACGGAGAAAUCUCCCCUCGCUGUGAACCUAACCCUGGAUAUUUCUACCCCUGUAGCCAGUCACACCUUUAACUCGCCAGUAUUGCUUGCUAUUUUUUCUUAACCUGUAUUGCAAUCAUUGUACAUGUACAUGUAUUCCUUAAAAAAAAAGGUUGAGAUUUUGGUCUGAAGUGUAUAGAAGUCAGAGAUUGAAAGUUUCAACCAAAGCCAUAUGCUGGAGGAGGAAAGUUAGAAGAGUUUUUCUUGGUCCAAUUUUCAUUUGUGUGUGUGUGUGAAGAUGCUCAUAAUAGACUUGCCGUAGGCCUUGUGCAACAUUAUUUGUUUAGACGGUGAAUAUUUCAUGUACUUUGUUUUCCAGUUCAGUUUCGACAUUUUCACACAAUGAGGCGGUGAAUAUGUUAAUGUAUGCAUACUGAGCGACUCUUUUUUCACAUUCCAAUCGAUGCUUUCACCAUUGUUCUAUUGUCACAUUUUAGUGAUGUUUUACACCAGCAAGACACUUUACAUAAUUCCCAGACAGUUCAUUGAUGCGAAUCAUUUAUCUUUAUCUGCAUGUAGCUGUUUCACACGAAUGACUUCAUUUUCCCAUAGAUGUUGGGAACACAUGCGGCUUGUCUGGUCUCAACCUCAAGCCUUUCUUAACUAGUGCGCCAGGCAAGUUAACUUACGUUUGUUUACUAACCCGCAGGAAUUUUCACUAUCCCACGGGAUUUUUUUUAGCGACACUACAUUCACUUUGACCUUGACUGGCUUUUAUGAUGCGAAUCAUUUAUCUUUACGAGCACACAGAUGUUUCGCACAAAUGACUUCCGGCAUUUUCAUAUUCCCAUAGACUUUGCAAACAUAUGUCGCUUGUCUGGCCUCAACCCUAAGCAUGUUUUAGCCAGCCCACCAGACGAGUAAACCCUUCGUUUUUGUACUCGCCCACAGGAGCUUUCACAAGCCCACUGGACAGUUUUGGCAAAACUAACUUUGGGCUUUUUUCAACUUCUUUUUUUUUCACCGCUACUGUGGAGCCAUGCUGUCAAUUUUAAAUCUUACAAGUGAAGGAUUAAAGGCUGUUACUGUUAAAAAUAUACAACAAUCAAAAUUCCAAUUAUUUGUAAUCGUUCUUUUAUUUAUCUUUACAAGACAAAUGAGAUUUUCAAACAGGUUAGUGUUUCUCUACAUGCUCGCUGGACAAGAUAGAGUCCAUUUACCAUUUAAACCUGCAGCAGGCUUCACUAGAGUUUGUAUGCCAGUCUAGGUUGAAGCUUCCUUGUCAUAUUUAGGGUAGUUGGCUGUUUCAGAUUUAGACUUUCAGCACGAGCGAUUCUUUUGUACAUGUACCCAUCAGAGUUUUUGCGUGUGUGCGACCUCUGGAACGUUCCAACAGUUGCAUCUGGAAACAAACCUAACCUCAUUUGUGCCCAAAGAGAUUGGACUAGCAUACCAUUUAGUUAUUUAGAUUUAUUUAAGUGCAACAACCAUUCUGUCAGCUUCAAACCCUAACCCCAAAGACAUUUUCUAUUUCUCUGCAAAAGCCCUUCAAAGUCCCCAACCGCAUCUGUGCUAACGUUGGAUGUAACCUCACUCCUCCCAAAUUCUCCAUUAUGUCCGCUCUUGAAAUAUUGACCACUUUUUUAGUUGGCAUAAGAAUCGAAACAUUACUCAGACUUGUUGAAGUGUUGGCUCUUACUUUUCCCAGCGCUGAAAUAUGUACAUGUAGUUGCGCCAACAAAGAAUGGUUCUUAUUUGUGCAUUGGCAAGAAUAAUUUCACCAGGCGACAGAUGGAAUGUUCCACUCCACAAGGCUUAGCUGAGAGGAACAGAUGAUUCUGUCACUGAAAUGAUAUAUUCCUUCUGGUACACCGUACAUGUGUGGCUUCAUAAUUUGUUUUAUGCCUGAAUAAAUACCAGAAUGGCCUCGGAAGUUGGGCUCUUUUUUGGGGGGGAUCAGAGAUUGUUGGAUCAUUGUAGUUACUGCAGACUGUGGAUCAUAAGUGCACGGUAACUUCACAGAGCAGUGAGAUGAAUGGUUUGUGUGAUUGGUGGCCCACCCAUUACCUGUACACGACAGGGAUUUUUCCAGGCUUGUUUGAUGAUGGUUAGACAAACUUGACUUAGUCUGGAAGCUUUGAAAUCCUUUGUUACAUCUCUUUUACUCUGUUUUUACCCUUUUUUUUUUAACCACGCAAGAAUGCAAUACACGUACCAGAUAUCAGUGGCAUAUCCGGCUGGGGGGGGUAACCUGUCCCCCUGACAGAUUUAGUUUUGAAAGAACCACUUCACAGGCGAGUGGGAAAGAAUGCAAUUGGUUUAUUUAUUUAUGAAAUAUUAGCACCAAAACCCUAAGAAAUCAACAUCGGCAAAUACAAGCAAGGAUGUCGGGAUCGUAAGAUUUUGGAUUUUUUUCUCCCCAAAAUGCUGAAUCAACCUGAAGCCGCAUUUGCUCUUGGACUUGCCGCCACCACCAAAAGCUGGAAUGGGCUGCUGGCUAGUACAUGUGUAUUAGGCUUAAAGACCUUUAUCCAGAUGAAUGUUCAUAUUGUAUUUUUUCCAUUCACCUUGGUAACAGUCCAAUGCAAUAUAGGAGUCUGACAUUGUAAUUUUGCAGGUCCAAUUCAUCCAGACAAUUGUUGCUGUUAAUGUGUGACAUGUUACUAAGACAGUGACUUGCAGUCGUUGGAGAAUAAACUGGAUGCCAUGAGGAAA